GAUUUUCACAUCCCUAUGUUACAAACACAAAAUCUUCUCCUCCUCCUCCUCCUUUUUCUUUAUUUAUUAAGCUUCCCCCUUCCCAUAAUUCACCAUUAGUUGCACCUACAAAUUAUACACCAUUUUGAAAUGAAAGCAUUUCCCCUUCAGCAAGAAACUUGGGCUACAUUUAUAUCCAUCGUUACUUUUUCAUUAUUCUGAAUCCCACUAGGCUUGUUAGUGAUUUCAGUCCUUAAACUAACCACCAAUUACAUCCAUCAAUGAUGGCGGCAAUCAGCAGCAUCCGUUCACAAUUUCCACGGAAUGUAAACGAUUCAAGGAAGAAGAAUGUGAGUUUUUAUGCUCCGUGCAACAUUACUAACGUGUUUAAUAAUAAACGAAGGUUUUUGUCGGUGACCGCAAGUUAUAGUGAUAAUCCUCGAAAAAUGGACACUGCCAGCAGAGUAAAUGUGAAUGGAAUACACGUGGCAGAGGCACCUCUUCGAGUAGGAAGGUUGGCAAAGGAAAGUGCAGCAGAUGAAGCUAUUGUUACCAGCUUGCGUGGAAGGUUUGUGGAGGAUAAGUUUGUAUUUAGGCAAAUUUUUGUUAUCAGGUCUUACGAAAUUGGACCAGAUAAAACUGCCACCAUGGAGACACUCAUGAAUUUUCUUCAGGAAACUGCUUUAAAUCAUGUCACUAGCUCUGGGAUCGGGGGAGAAGGAUUUGGAGCAACCCGCGAGAUGAGCCUUAGAAAACUCAUUUGGGUUGUUACUCGCAUUCAACUUCAAGUUCAGAAAUAUAACAAAUGGGGAGACGAAAUUGAAGUUGACACUUGGGUCGAUGCCGCUGGAAAGAAUGGAAUGCGAAGAGAUUGGAUAAUCAGGGAUCACUACACCAAAGAGAUCAUAACAAGAGCCACAAGCACAUGGGUGAUCAUGAAUAGACAAACAAGAAGACUUUCCAAGAUCCCUGAAGAGGUUAAGCAAGAGCUUGUUCCUUUUUACCUAAACAGGCUUGCCGUUCCUACCGAAGAAGUAGAUUGUGAGAGGAUAGACAAACUCACUGAUGACACAGCUGAGAGAAUCCGAUCUGGAUUGGCUCCAAGGUGGAACGACAUGGACGCUAACCAGCAUGUCAACAAUGUGAAAUACAUUGGAUGGAUUUUGGAGAGUGUGCCGAUUGAAGUUCUAGAACAUUAUAAUAUGACAAGCAUGACUUUGGAGUAUCGACGUGAAUGUACACAGUCAAAUAUUGUGGAAUCCAUGACGUGUCCAACAGCAAGAGUUUUUGAGUCCAACAAUAAUUCCAAGAACAGAAAACCGAACCUGCAAUACACACACUUGCUUCGUCUGCAACAUGAUAAAGCAGACGUUGUUCGAGCCAGAACUGAGUGGAAUUUCAAGCAAAGCCAACAGUGAUACAUAACAUUGACAAAAAAACACAGUAUCUUUGGAUCUUAUCUUGUACCUUUUUUCUAUUUUCCUUUUAGCUUUUCGCUCUCGUGGUUUUCCUUUCUAGGAUCCUUUACGUUCUACAUUCAUUACAUUUGUCCUUAAUCCUAUUUUGUAAAUUCUUUGUGAGGAGAACUAUAGAUCGUUAAUUAUUCAGAAUUUAUUACAAAUAAAAGCAUUUUGAUAAUAAC